CUGACCCAUUACCCCAAAACCAAAACGCAACAGCUACACAAAAGAAGUUGAGAACCUACACCUUUCUUACACACUACGUUUCCAUUUCUUCUGUCGCUUUGGCGCAGUGGAUCCUCCCGCUACAAUGGCGGAGAAGAAACCUCUGAGUCUCAACGAGCGACACAACCGCCUCCUCGAAGAUAUGUACCCCCAGAGCCGAUCAGCCAAAACUUCUUCACUCCCAGAGCAGCCGCGCAAGGUCAAGCUAGAAGGUCGACGCCGUCUCUGCAAGCUCUCGUCCGGAGACGACGACGAUGUCGCCGGAUUCGAUGCCCCUAGUUACUCGGGAAUCACUGAUUUUGUUUCUCCACCUUCAAAGGACUCCAUCGAUAGCGUCUUCGGCGGUGGUAACGAAAUUGCGGACUUCAAUUCUCCACCUGCAAAGCCUGUCAUCGAGAGCGUUGCCAGUGGAGGUAACGAGAUAAGGGAUAUACUUAACGAGUUAAGCUCGAGACUCGAAUAUUUAUCCAUCGAGAAGAGAAGACCAGUCCCUAAAACGGUUGAGCCAAUUGAAGGGUGUACUCCGCUGUUUACAGAUGAAGUGCCCAAGAAACAGGUUGCUCCCGUUCCUGAAUAUGCCAGUGCUUCUUCCUCCUUUUCUCUCUCAUCGGAUCCCUCUAGUUCCUCUUCGGACUCUGCAACUCAGUUUAAGGACGCCGAGGAUGUUGAGAUCAAUGCGGAGAAACACAUAGAGAAUCCGAGUAAGUCAUUGGAUAUACGAAGUGAAUGUGAAGGUGAUAACUUUGGUGGGGUAAAAUUUGUAGAAAAUGCUAGUAAAGGACAUGGGUACAAUGAUGCGAAGACAAACAACGCUGUUUCAGUGCGACAUUCUGUAGUUCCCUAUGGUGACGGUGACGACGAUGACAGUGUAGCUUUAAGCAGUAACGAGGCCAGUAAAAGUGUAAAGCAUGAAUCUCGUAAUGUUGUAGAAGAAGUUCGUAAUGCCGUCUCCGAAAAUUAUACCGAUGAUUCGGUUGAGGAUGAUGAGAAGGAUACAAUUACUUUGAAUGGGCCCAUGUCGAACUACAAAUUGCCUGGUAAAAUUGCAAAAAUGCUUUACCCGCAUCAGCGUGAUGGGUUGAAAUGGUUGUGGUCUCUUCAUUGUCGUCGUACCGGAGGAAUUUUAGGGGAUGACAUGGGUUUGGGCAAAACAAUGCAGAUAUGCAGCUUUUUGGCUGGACUUUUUUACUCGUGCUUGAUUAAGAGGGUGUUGGUUGUAGCUCCCAAAACACUUCUCUCUCAUUGGAUCAAAGAGCUAUCAUCUGUGGGGCUUGCUCAGAAAACAAGAGAGUACUUUGGAGCUUGUGCAAAGCUGCGUGAAUACGAGCUUCAAUAUAUACUGCAGGACAAAGGUGUUCUUCUGACAACAUAUGAUAUUGUGAGGAAUAAUACAAAAUCCUUAAUUGGGGACAACCACUUUCAUGAUGACAGAAGUGAGGACAACAUUACAUGGGACUACAUUAUACUUGAUGAGGGACAUCUGAUAAAGAACCCCAGUACCCAAAGGGCCAGAAGUUUGCUUGAGAUACCUAGUGCUCACCGUAUCAUUAUUAGUGGGACACCGCUGCAAAACAAUCUGAAGGAACUUUGGGCUUUGUUCAACUUCUGUUGCCCUGAACUUUUGGGUGAUAAGAAAGAGUUUAAGGAAAGAUAUGAACAAAAAAUUCUUCGUGGGAAUGAAAAAAAUGCUUCUAGUAGGGAAAAACGUAUUGGUUCUACAGUUGCAAAGGAGCUAAGAGAACGCAUUGAACCAUAUUUCUUGCGUCGUUUAAAAAGUGAAGUUUUUUGUGAAAAUGAAGCAUCGACAAGUGCCAAGCUUUCUAAAAAAGCUGAGCUCAUUGUGUGGUUGAGAUUAGCCCCUUGCCAGAGACAACUAUAUGAAGCUUUCUUGAACAGUGAGCUGGUUCUUUCAUCAUUUGAUGGGUCACCAUUGGCUGCAUUGAUGAUCAUGAAAAAAAUAUGUGAUCAUCCAUUUCUUUUGACAAAAAGAGCUGCUGAAGAUGUAUUAGAGGGGAUGGAUUCAAUGCUUAACCAGGAAGAACUUGGUGUGGUGAAAAGAAUGUCAUUACAUUUAGAAAAAGUCACUGAAAAUGGCAAUUCUCAAAAUAUGCAUUACAACGUCUCAUGCAAGAUAACUUUUAUAUUAUCUUUAUUGGAUAACUUGAUUCCUGAAGGGCAUGAUGUAUUGAUCUUUUCUCAGACUCGCAAGAUGCUAAACCUUAUUCAGGAAUCCAUAACAUCAAAGGGUUACAGGUUCUUACGCAUUGAUGGGACCACAAAAGCUAGUGAUCGAGAGAAGAUUGUGAAUGAUUUCCAAGAAGGUAAAGGUGCUCCUAUUUUUUUGUUGACAUCUCAAGUUGGUGAUCUUGGUCUUACACUUACAAAAGCUGACCGUGUCAUUGUGGUUGAUCCAGCAUGGAAUCCAAGUACGGAUAACCAAAGUGUUGACCGUGCAUAUCGAAUUGGGCAAAAGAAGGAUGUUAUUAUUUAUCGAUUGAUGACAUGUGGUACUAUUGAAGAGAAGAUUUAUAAAAUGCAGGUAUUUAAGGGAGGCUUGUUUAAAUCUGCAACUGAGCACAAAGAGCAAACACGGUACUUUAGCCAGCAGGAUCUACGGGAACUUUUCAGUCUCCCUAAACAAGGAUUUGAUGUUUCGCUCACUCAACAACAAUUACACGAGGAGCAUGAUCAGCAGUACACUAUGGAUGACUCUUUAAGAGACCAUAUAAAGUUUUUGGAACAUCAAGGUAUAGCAGGGGUCAGUCAUCACAGUUUGCUCUUCUCCAAAACAGAACCUGUACCAUUAGUAGAAGACGAUGAAGGAACAUUACGAAGAAAGCAAAUUACUUUUGUGGGAAGAUCAUCUUCAAGAUAUUCAGUUGAACCCAAUGUUGAUGGGGCUCAGUAUGCAUUCAAACCAAAAGAUGUCAGCAUACACAGAAAAAGUGCUGCCUCUGGUGGUCCUGGCAAACUAAAAGUUGCAGAUAUAAAAGAGAGAAUUGAACGGCUCUCUCAUAUUUUGGCAAACAAGACCACAAUUUCAAGGUUACCAGAUAAGGGAGAGAGAAUUCGAAGGCAAAUUGCUGAACUAAAUUUAGAGCUUGAUCAGCUUAAUAUGAUGGAAGAGAGAACUGAGAAAGAAGUUGAUUUGGAUGACAUCUCUGGGGACCUUCAGCGGGUGUUGACUGUAUAAAGUUUGUUCCUUUUUUUUCCCUGUAUAGCAACUCUUGUUGUCAUCAAUAUUAAAGUGAAGUAUCUUAUUGAACCAAGUAGCUUUGUAAGAAUGUUAGUUUGCUCUGGACUUGUUUGUGACACGAGAUCUUGUUAGAACCAUGUCAACAUCAAGUGCAAGUCCAUUGUGGAUGAUGAAUGUAUGCUCUUAAGUGCUAACAAUUUACAAAAGUAGAAUUGAAGUCGUUUACAGUUUCAAGAGAUGAAUACCAUUUAUACUUUA